AGGACGGGGCGGUCCGGAGACGGGCCCACGCGUAUUUGAGCUGCUCCGACGUCCCGCCCAGCCUGAGUCGUUCUCUUGCCGCUCCGCCGAGUAAACCCAGGGUCUCCAGCGGGAUCUGGCCCGGAAGAUGUCUGACGGAUUUUCGCUAUCAGAUGCCUUGUCAGGCUCCAACAAUCCUAAUCCAAAUAUGCAACCGAAUCCUUGGGGGAAUCAGCCUGGUGCCUUCUCAGGUUAUCCCGGAGCACCAGGCGCAUAUCCCGGAGCACCAGGCGCAUUUUCCGGAGCACCAGGCGCAUUUCCCGGAGCACCAGGUGCAUUUCCUGGAGCACCAGGCGCAUAUUCAGGAGCACCAGGAGCAUUUCCCAGCACACCAGGCACAUAUCCCGGAGCACCAGGCACAUGCCCAGGAGGAAUAGCAGCACCAGGAGCAUUCUUUGGAGGCCCACCAGGGCCUGGGACAUUUUCAAACACACCAGGAAUGGUUCCACCAGGGGCCUCAGGAAUGUAUCCUGUUCCUGGGCAGCCCCCAAGUGACAGAGGAGCACAGCCAACUGCACCACAAAGUGGAGCUGGAGGAUUUUCUGGUCCAUUGAAAGUCCCUUGUGAGCUACCCCUUUCUUCAGGACUUGUGCCUCGCUUGUUAAUAACUAUGACUGGGACAGUGAAUCCAAGGCCGAACAGAUUUCAAGUAGAUUUCAAGAAAGGCGAUGACAUUGCUUUCCACUUUAAUCCUCGCUUCAAUGAGAACAACAUGAAGGUGAUUGUAUGCAAUAGCAAGAUUCAAAAUGUCUGGGGGAAGGAAGAUCGGACGGCACCCAGGUUUCCUUUUGAGGCUGGCAAACCUUUUAAGAUUCAGAUUCUCUGUGAAGCAGAUCAACUGAAGGUAGCUGUUGAUGACGCUCAUCUCAUGCAGUACAAGCACCGUAUUAAAGACCUGCAGCAUAUCACCAAGCUGUCUGUUUCUGGUGAUGUCACCAUCACCAGUGUCAUGCCUUUCAUGAUCUAAGCCAAGCCUUUGGCCCAUUGCAACCUAGUGCUCAAUAUACCUGUAAAACUGGUUGUUUUUUUCUAAAAAAUAAUAAUGAUAUAUUAAAUAGACUAUAUUGGAUAGUAACUAAUAAAUAAAACUCUUAAAGACUACAA